AUGAAUGAAGAUCGCUAUCCUGCUCAUGUAUAUGAUGUGCUAUUUAAAUUAGAUUCAAGUGGAAGGCACACUUGGGCCACAGAUGUUAAAAUGCUGUUAUACAGAUACGGAUUUGGAUAUGUCUGGGAGGCUCAGGGCAAAAGAGAUGAUUACGAAAGUAUCCCCGGCUUUGGCCAGAAGUUCCUGGGUGUACAAGGCGGGUCCUUAGAAAUCCACGGAGCUAAUAAACUGCCCUGGACCAAACUGAGCGAAACUGCCCGUAAGAUCAGAGCAGGAGACGCUGGUCUUGUUUGGAGCCAUGACUCCAGUGACAAUUGGGGCAUAAUUGAGGACGGUCUUUACAUGUAUGCCUUUGAUUCUACCGGGAAUCCCAGCGUCUUCCAGUCCCCCUCGGAUCCCAUUAACACCGUGAGUGACGUUCUCGCUGACGGCCAGGUAGUCAUGGCAGCCAUGCGAGGUUCGAAAGACAUACCGGAAAUGUACGAGUUCCUGGAAAGUCUCGGAGCCAGUAAAGUCAUGAAUUUACAACCUGGAUACGCUUGGGCAAUGAUCGCCGUCAAAGGAAGCCCUGAACUGGUUCUCGAGGAGCUGGUCGUCACCAACGGCCACAUCAACACGGCCACCGGGCCACUCACCCUGAACUACGGGGAGAAAUAUUACACCGUGGAGAGCGCCACGGAAGUCAAGCACGAAAUCGCGUUGAAGACUCAGCAGCGGUCGUUCGUCCGCUUCAUGGUGAUGGACGCUCUUAUCCAGCCGGUACUGAACGUUAUAGAUGAUGUGUCGUUAUGGAAACCAGGUGACGUGGUGGUGGUGUCGUCUACAGAUUACGACUGGGUGCAGGCAGAGGAGAGGACGGUGGUGGACUGUAGCGACUGCACUGAAUACCAAGUCAAGUUAGACCGACCUCUGUUCUACGACCACUGGGGGGAGAUCACGAACAACGUUGACAUGCGCGCUGAAGUGUCACUUCUGACCAGGAACGUUCUGAUACGGGGGCAGAUGGAACUGGAAUGUUACGGCGACAACUUCACCAAGGACUUCAUUACUGGUAAUGUUGAAGGAGCAGAAUUCUAUAACAUGGGGCAGCAGGCCGUGUUAGGCGCCUACCCGAUCCACUUCCACCUGUGCCUGGACCGUGACCUGCCUGGAAUGGAACCGCCUGUCAUCCGGCAGAACUCGAUUCACCACGCCUGGUCCCGCUGCGUCACUGUCCACGGCACUCACGGAGUACAGGUUAUUGACAACGUAGGUUACCUGACAUUUGGACACUGUUUUUAUCUGGAGGACGGAGGUGAAAAAAGAACUGUCUUUGAUGGCAACAUUGGACUCGGAACGUUGAAGGGAAAACUUCGACCCGCUGACGAGAGCCCCGGAACGUUCUGGAUCACCAAUCCCCUGACCUAUAUUCGUAAUAACGUGGCUGCGGGUUCCGAGGAUAUUGGUUUCUGGUUCAUCUAUCCGAUAGAACCCAAACCGCCCUCCAAAGAUUAUAACAUGAUGGCGCCAUUAGAGGCAAAACGAACAGCCAUUCUGGAGUUGAAAAAUAACGUGGCUCACUCAAAUAUAAAAGGAUUUUUCUCCGAUAAUACUUUGGGAGACGAUGAGGAUAUUCUCACCACUCAGAAGGAAUGGAAGCCGUCCACCGUCUUCACGGCCAGCCACCUCACCGCCUACAAGAGCAAGGAGAGAAACUCUUGGUUCAGAGGAAGCCCCAUAACCUUCACCCAGUGCUCUUUCUCGGACAGUCCCGUUGGACACACGUUUCCAAUUGGGGGUUAUAAUGAAGACAUAUUCACCAACAGCGUUAUAUUUGGGCAGUCGGAGAACAUAGGCGAGCCAGAGAUGUACAAAGAAAACAACGUAUGGAAAAAACAUCCGCGGUCAAUGCCAACAUCGAACCCGGCAACAGGAUUCAACGGUUUGGUCAUCUACGAUGCGGUUAACAUUGUCAGGGACACCUUUUUCGGAGGCUAUAAAACUGACGAGUACCGUCCUGCCGGUGCCAUUGGUUUCCUCCGGAAGUCUGCGGCCUUUAACAGAGUUUGGAACAACUUCCAGGGGAUAAAGUUUGACAAAAACGACCCCGAGGGAGUUAACCACGUGUAUGAUGGCGACGAGGGGAUAUACAGUUAUACCAACCUGAACGGUGAUAAAGUGGUCCACUUCUACGACCUGGAUGGCUCUGUGACCGGUGAGGUCAUGGCGUCUGUGGUCAAGCCGCGUCAAUUCUACACCACGGCCAACUGCUAUAACAGGACCAACUGGAACAUGGCGGUCUGCCCGGAGAGAUAUGGAAAAAUUCGAGUUAAAGAAAGGAAAUACGGGGGCACCACGUUGAAAGAUGACGUCUACAUGAUGAGGGACGACUUCCACGAGUUCAAGGAGUCCAUGGACGGAACUAAGGUGGUCAGUUUUCUGAUGAUCGAUAGAUACAACUACACGAUGCAGUUUGGAGGUCUGGCGCCAACUUUUCUGAAGAUGGAUCUAGACGGUUUUGACACGUAA